CAUUACAAUGCGUGGUGGGCUGGACGAUCGUGCGCGGAGAAAUGCUACAGCGCUACGCGUAAAACAAACACACACGGAGGGUGCGAAUGACACAUCCAGGCUUCACUUAUUUAGCAGCACAAUAACGCGCUCAGAGGGAUAAACAGCGACGGAAGGAGCCGCCGCGGAGGGGAAUCAUGCACAUGUGUGAGGAUUUCAUUCAACAAUCACAAUCAUUUCUCGACAAGCCGGAGGAGACGCGUUUAAAUGCCGAGCUGGUUUAUUAGAGGCACAGAGGGUGAAAAAAAAGAUCUGCAGCAUGCAACAUAUUCUUUAUGUCAGGAAUCGGCGCCAGACAAGGACUUCUGCUUGAGCUCCGCGUUUUGUUUGGCGAGAAAAACCCUUUCCGAUACGUUCUGCGCAAAGAUUGAGGAUGUUGUGGCCGCGAGAGGACGUUUCGUAAUGAUAUAAAACUGAAAGGAAGGAAGGAUUUUUUCAAGCCUCCGUCUACAGUCGCCUGCUUGUCGUGUUCCUGGUGGUGGAGUGUGAGAAUAGUUUUUUUUUCUUGUCUUUUGACUCAUGAUUCGGGGUUAUAGUGGAAACCCAGCUCGACUUUGUCCGCCCUGCCACGGAGGAGCACCGGGGGGCUCUUUCUUUCUUUUUUCUUUUUUUAAAUUUAUUAUCAUUUUUUUUCUUCUUUUCUGUCUUUUUUUUCAUCCAGCGACCCCUUCGUCUGCGGUCAGUUUAAUUCAAGAGCAACAGAGGGAUUAAACAUUCCUGCUCGCAGCGCCUGUUUGUGCGAGACAGACUGGGUUACAUUGUGAGAGGAACGGUUGUGGCAAGAAAGAAAAGGCUAUAAAUAGCGCAUGCAAUUCUCGAAAACUAUCACAAGUGGUGCAUCAGCUUGUGGAGCAGACGGAAUCAUCAGAUAUCCUGCGCGUCUCUCGGCUUCGAGUUGAUUUAUUUGUUUUUCGCACGUAUUUUCCAAAACAAAAAGGAAAAAAAGUUUGGACACUUAAUUGCACAUUUUUCUUUGGAGAGGGAGGUGGGGGGGAGUCGUUCUUUUUGGGGGGGUGUUUCUCAUGGAUUUAAUGUUGAAACUGUGUUGGAUCUUCCACCGGAUUGAAAUGGAUUUCUGUGCACUGAUCAGAUUGGGAUUGACCUGGAUUGGAACAAUGUUGUGAUCCACAAGCACGGAUUCUCUCUGUUUUUUUCUACGGCAGCAACAUAUCCAGCUUUUAUGGAUGCAUAUUCUUUCUGAAUACGCCCAUUCUCUCUAGUCUAUUCUCCGGACCUCUGGUGGAGGUUAGAAAGCCCGCUUGUUUUGGAACACAUUUGUCAGCCCUCCCUGCUCCGGUGUUUGAUACCCCGAUGUAGGAUUUCGACAUGCCCUGCUCUGACGACCCCAAAGGCGGACGAUUAUGACUACAACGGCGAAUUGGGUGGCUAACGGGGCAAGCCUUGAGGACUGCCACUCCAACAUCUUCUCUCUGGCCGAGUUGACGGGCAUUAAAUGGCGUUGCUACAGCUUCCGUGGCGGCGGUGAGUACGGGCCUGUGAUCUCAGCCCCGGCUCAGGACGACCCGGUUCUGCGCAGCUUCAUGCGCUGUGUGCAGGCCAACCUGCUGUGCGUAUGGCGACGCAAAAUCAAACCCGACGCCAAGGAGCUGUGGAUCUUCUGGUGGGGUGAAGAGCCCAACCUCUGUGAUGUCAUUCAUCAUGAGCUGGAAGUGGCUGAGGAGGGACUUUGGGAGUGUGGGCUGUCCUAUGAGUGCAGGACCCUGCUUUUCAAGGCCAUACACAACCUGCUGGAAAGAUGUUUGAUGGAUAAAGGCUUUGUGCGGAUCGGGAAAUGGUUCUUCAAGCCCCACGAACUGGAAGGAAAGUCUCUGGGCAACAGUGAACACCUAUCAUGUUCCUUCUCCUUCUUCCUCCACGGGGAGAGCAAUGUGUGCACGAGCGUGGAGAUCGCCCAGCACCAGCCUGCGUACCACAUCACAGAACACCACAUCCGCCUCGCACAGACCUCCAUCACACCGGUGCAAGUGGUCCUGAGUCCGUACGGCCUGAGCGGCACACUAACAGGUCAGGCCUACAAGAUGAGUGACCCGGCAGCACGGAAGCUGAUGGAGGAGUGGAGCUACUUUUACCCGAUGGUACUUCAGCAGAAAGAGGGAAGUGGAGAGAAGGAAAAUGAAGAAGCAGGCCAAGCCUAUGAUCGCAACUGCCACGUGGCAGUGGAGGUCAUCGUAGGGGGAGUAAGGAUGACCUACCCAGCUGCUUUUGUGCUGAUCGCCCAAGGGGACCUACCAGUGGAGCAGCCUCCACCUGUUCCUGCAGCUCAGGGCCUCAACAAAGAGCCGAACCACUGCAGUGUGCCGCUGACACCGCCGACGUCACCAGAGCAGCCCUGCUCGGCGGACAGCGGCUUUGUGACCUCGGUCUCCAGCGUCCCCACACCAGACAGCAGCAUGGGAAUCACCAGCAUCAGCCCAAAGCAUUCUGGGAAGAAGCUGACUUGUCAGGUGGUUCAUCAAGCCUGGAGAGAGUGUUAUCUAAACCAGCCUCAGCAUGUACCGAAUCAGCCGACUGAUGUGACGCCCAGGAAGGAAGUGCCAAAUGGAGUUGCCACGUGGGACUUCAAUGAUCUGGGAGCGAGAGCGCCCUGCAGCUGCUCCAGGCUAAAGCAGCAGAAGCUGAACCUGACCACCACGUCCACCGUCAACCCCCAGACUAGUGCCAACCCCACUCAGUCUUCUGGCCUAUCGUUGUACCCUCCCUCCCUGCCCAAACACAAGACCAGUGAGAAGACAGAAAAGGCUGACAAACAAUCCAAGAGGCCAGCUGUGAUUCCCUUCCACCAUCGUCUGUCACUCACACGGGAGACGCCUCUGGAACAGGAUUCACCAGGAGGGCCACAGCUCGGCGGCCUUGUGGCACUGGAGCCACCCAUGGAGCCUUUGGCUGCUCUGCCACCCUGCAAGUACUCCAAAACCCUCUCCAAUGGCAGAAAAGCCCCCGAGUCCCUUCUCCAUUCACCUAUGUCUCCACUUCCACCCACUCUCAGCCCACAUCCUCGGGUACAGGACCCGGAGGUUCUGGAUGGACCUGUGGACAUGCCUGUUUGUCCAGAUGGAGCUCCAGGGCUGGGGAUGAUUACCAGUGAGACUGCUGUGUAUACAGCUCUGCUGAGGCAGAGGGAGAACGGGGCUGGCUGGUGGAGAGGCUUCAGGACUCCCAGGACUGAUAAGACUGACUUCAGACCUCCUGACCUCCCUGCUGAUAAACUAGAGGAAGUAAAGACAGAGAUAACCACUGAGGGAGCUCCUCUAAAGAGACUCUACACACAGACUCUCAAGAGAUUUAAGAUCUCAGAAGAGAGGAUGAGAGACCACAUCCACACUUUAGGUCUGUUCCAGCAGCCGGGUGUGGAGGCACUGCGUGAGAGUGGGGAUGAUCCCUACGACUUUAAGGAGGGAGACAUCGAGUACACUUUCUCCACUUCCAAGAGAUUAAAGGGUCAAGGGAGAGAACCCAGCAAGAAGGCCAAGGGAGAAGAAAUCACCAGUAACGGUGCACUACCUGAUGGAAAAGAUGCUAUGUCCAUUUUUAACUCGGCUCCAAAAUCAGAUGAAUCAGGUCAAGAUGAUGGAGCUGCAAAAGCCAACCCGUCUCUGACCAGAGAGAAAGAUCUAGUGGUGAACAUCUCGGAUCUGGACAACAUAUUUGAUGAAGAUGAAGAAGAGUUGGGGACUGUUUAUCCAAACCAGCACUCAACCAAGGUACCAGUGUCAACAGAAGAUCGCCCUCUUGGGAAAGAAGGGAGAGUUGCAGUACCAUAUCCAUCGACAGUAGCAGAUCUCCAGCGGAUGUUUCCCACCCCGCCUUCUCUAGAGCAGCACCCAGCCUUUUCUCCCAUCAUGACGUAUCGCGACACCCCGAGUCAGGAGCCCCCUGCACCCAGCGGAACGGCUGACCACCUGCCAUCAUUCGCCUCCAACCAGCUCAAUGAAUACAGGAUGGAGAUGGAGGAGGGGAUGCUCAGCCCCAGGCAGGAUGACAUCAAGCCACAGAUGGGCUCCUCCAUGUUUGCUCCACUGUCCUGCCUGCCCAGUCAGAGUCUACCACCCCUUAAGAUUCCUGAACAGUGUUACUACCGCCCUUCCUGGGCCCUCAUGCCCAAAAUGGAGCAUUUCCCUACAGUCAUGCAUCCCCAGAAUUCCGCUUUCACCAAGGAUGGAUACACAAACGUUCCCAGUGUCAACACCCUCACAGACCAGGAGUAUGGCCAGAUGAGCGCCACCACUGCAUCUGUCAGCACCACUAUUGGCAUCCUCCCAUCUCCUGCCACACCACGCUUCUCUGUGCCCACGCCACGGACCCCACGUACGCCACGGGGCAUGAAUGCUGCAAGCUCUGGGCAAGGUUCAGUGAAGCAGGAUGGCACUGAGCUUAGCUCACCGGUGUCUACGCCCUCCACCAGCUUGCCUCUUAGCUCUGUAGAGCCCAUGGCUCGGCCAGGACCGUCCCUGCCUGAGGCCCACAGCCUGUACGCUAUCCUUCUGCUCUCAGACUCCGUCCUUAGUGUCUUCAAGGAUCGCAACUUUGACAGCUGCUGCAUCUGUGCCUGCAAUAUGAAUGUCAAAGGGGCAGAUGUGGGGGUUUACAUCCCAGAUUCCACUUGUGAAGAUCAGUACCGCUGUAUGUGUGGCUUCAGUGCCAUUGUGAACAGGCGGCUGGCCCACGGCACAGGUCUCUUCCUGGAGGACGAGCUGGAUAUAUAUGGUCGGACUUCUGAAGUAGGCAGAGCGGCUGAGAGGCGGUUGGCUCUUUGCCGACGGGACCCAACUAUGGGGGAUUCCAGGGCCAAGCGUCCGCAGGAUGCUGCCCCUGCCUCUCCGCCCGUCAUGGUCGUUCUGCAGGAGCAGUGCUCUCAGCCUAUUUCGUCCCUGGCAUCACUUCAUGUCCCCCUCAGCUGUUCCUGUCAUGGCCGCAAGGGGGCACUCCUCCAAAGCUGGAUGUCUGAAAAGCAAUGGGCAGAUGGGAGUGAUGCCUGCGUGGAGUGUUACAACGCUUUGGAGCAGGGGCUGCAGUAUGUGGACAACCCCACAGGAGGGAAAGUUGAUCUAGCUGUUGUCAGAAGUACUGCGCUUCAUUCCUGGCCUCACACUAAUGUGGUGGAUAUGAGCAUGUUGUCAUCACAGGAUAUGGUUCGUAUGCUGCUGUCUUUGCAGCCUUUCCUGCAGGAUGCCAUCCAAAAGAAGAGAACAGGGCGGACCUGGGAAAACAUACAGCACGUUCAGGGUCCGCUCACCUGGCAGCAGUUUCACAAGAUGGCUGGAAGAGGCUCCUACGGUUCGGAGGAGUCACCAGAACCCUUGCCCAUCCCUACAGUAUUACUAGGUUAUGACCGGGAGCGGGACUUCUUGGCACUGUCCCCCUUGGCGUUGCCUUUCUGGGAAAAGCUGCUGCUGGAACCUUAUGGGGGGCAGCGGGAUGUCGCCUAUGUGGUGGUCUGCCCUAAUAGCCCCUCUUUACUGGCUGCAGCCCGGGCCUUCUUCCAGGAGCUCAGCGCUGUUUACGAGACGUGCCGCCUUGGUAAGCAUCGCCCUCUGGCCAAGGUGUCCAGAGAUGGACUGGUGCGUGUGGGGGCGGAAGUGGAGCCAGAAAAGCUGGAGGAGCUGGAUGUUGACCAGUGGUUGACUGGACCCUGGGCUGGACAGCAGCACACUGAUAACCUCAGCAAACUUAAACUCUAUGCUUAUGCCUGCAGGCAGCAGCUAGGCCCCCAGCUCUCAGCCCUGCCUUUGGACAGCAGUCUCCUGUUGCCCCCGAAGGUCCAGCCUCCUGUAAACAACACAUCCUCAGCUCAGACUGCCUCCUCUGGGCAGCCUCAAGCUUGGGCUGCUGAUGGAGAACAACCUUCAGGUGCCGUCAGUGCAGCAAAUGCUUCGACCCCGACUGGUGCAUCCUCAGGCCAGACAGGGGAGGCCGCCCAGGGAGGAACCAGCGAUUCAAAAGGGCCUCCUAGUGCUACGCCACCAGCCAACACACCAGCAGAAAACCCUGAACUCCUGGCCGAGCAGUCCAGAAUUGGCAUCCCCACUGUAGCCGACUCGAUGGACAGCCACGCCAACCCACCAGCUAUUGUUAUUUACAUUGUGGAUGCUUUUCUGAGCUCGAGUGGAGCGAGAAAUGAAGGCGGAGAGGAGGAAGAGGGCGACGAGGUAGAGUCAGGUACUGUUUGGCUACUGGGACUUCUUCGCUGCUACACAGAGAUGCUCCAGACUUUGCCUGAGACGAUGAGACCUGCACUGGUGCUGCAGGUGGUGCCGUGCCAGUAUCUCCUCCAGCCAGCUAGUGGAGAGAGCCAUUUGUAUCUGCAACACCUUCGCUCCCUGGCUUUCUCUUGUUACUCCCAGUGCAGACGUCUACUACCCCAGCAAACACAUAUCAAAUCCCUGACUGGCUUUGGCCCUGUGUCCACUGUCAAUUCAGUACUUAAGAGUCCAGAGCAUCCGAGCCCACUGCAGCUGUACUCCCCACCGUUUAUCCUUGGUCCGACUCGUCCCAAGCAGCCAGAACCAGGAGAGAUAUGGGCCGAGCUCCCUCCCAAAUACAAUGUGCUCUUUGUAGGAUAUUGCCUGUCGCAUGACCAGCGCUGGAUCUUGGUGUCCUGCACUGACCAGCAGGGAGAGCUCCUGGAGACCUGCAUUAUCAACAUUGAUGUGCCCAACAGAGCACGGCGUCCCAAGGUAUCAGCCAGGAAGAUGGGACUACAGAAGCUGUGGGAGUGGUGUAUUGGCAUCAUUCAGAUGACCUCACUGCCGUGGAGGAUUGUUAUUGGUCGAUUAGGCAGACUGGGCCAUGGGGAGUUGAAAGACUGGAGUUCCCUCCUCGGGGAGCACUCCCUCCAUUCAAUAGGACGCCAGUUGAGGGAGGCUUGUCGUUUGUGUGGGAUCUCAGCUGCUGACUCUCCCAGCAUCCUCAGUGCCUGCCUGGUAGCCAUGGAGCCACAGGGCUCCUUUGUGAUCAUGCCUGAUGCAGUGACGAUGGGCUCAGUGUUUGGCCGCAGUACUGCUUUAAACCUGCAGACUUCACAGCUCAACACACCUCAGGAUGCUUCCUGUACACACAUUCUAGUCUUCCCAACUUCUGCCACUACCCAGCUGGCACCCAGCUCCUACCCAACGGAGGACAAUAAUGACGACAUGUUCGAUCUUCCCUUUCCUGAUGAACUGGAGAAUGACAUUGGCCAUGACAUGAUGCUGAUCACAGGGAACCUUCACCCUUCCCCGAACACUUCUCCUGUGCCCUCGCCUGGCUCUCCGUCCGGGAUGGGAAUGGGAUCGCAUUUCCAGCACACCAGGAGCCAGGGAGAGCGCUUGUUGUCCAGGGACAAUCCCCCAGAGGAGCUGAAGCAGCAGCCGCUGGCUCUGGGCUACUACGUCUCCACUGCACAAGCCAACGGACUUCCUCACUGGUUCUGGGCGUCCUGCCCUCAGGCUGAGAGCCAGUGUCCACUCUUCCUCAAGGCCUCUCUCCACCACCACAUCUCCAUAGCACAGUCAGAUGAGAUGGUGUCAGAAAAGACUAAGAGGACCCCUCACCCCUUAGACUCAAAGACCACCUCUGAUGUGCUCAGGUUUGUGUUGGAGCAGUACAAUGCCCUCUCUUGGCUGACGUGCACCCCUGCCACCCAAGACCGCCAGUCCUGCCUGCCGGUCCACCUGGCUGUGCUGAUCCAGAUGUACAAUGCCAUCCUGAACAUGCUUUAGCCGUGUGAGACUUCAAGGACAGCUCUACUGACGGACUGAUGGUUUCCUUCUUUUCUUCUGUGCCUAUGUCUCUUUCUGACCACCAGAGAGCACCAGAGCUCUUCUGUUGUUUCAGGUAGACACGGAUUUAAUGGCCAAAUAAAGGACAGGGCAAGUCAGGCUAUCCCAUGUCUGGAAUGUAACGAAUAAGAAGAGUGAAAUGCUCUGAACAAUAAUGUCGGUCAACCGUGAAAACCCAGCGCAGUUAUGACCCCUUCAGAACUGGUUCUGUGCCCGUUCUGGUGCUUCCAUGGAAGGAAAUGGACGUAUCUAUCCAACCACGCCCGUCAGAAUAGCAUUAGGUCCCACGUGGGCAGCAUCUCUUAGUGGCAUUUGAAGCGUCUGUGGAUGGCAUUUACAGGGAAGCUCUGUGUGGUUCUUCUGACACUCUCUAAAGGGACAUCUGUGCCGGGCCACAUAACUCCAUAUUGUACAACCAGCAAAAAGGCAUGACACGGCUUUGUUACAUGGAUGGUGUUUUUACAUUUUUUUUUGUAUAGAACUGCACUGUUGAGCUUCUUGGGACUUUGCGGUCGGUUGCUAAAACUUUUACCUUUACUCCAAGAGGGGCAACCGUCCUCCCUCCCUCCCACUCCAAAAGGGGGAGCGUUUGAUAAUGGCACUUUUUUUCCUCACCUUCCAAAGUGUUGUAGAUACGAACACAAUGGAAAGCAUUUUACCAGUUACGACAGAAGUGUUGUUUAUAAUGUAAGGCAUACAUUUACAAAGAACUGAGACUUAUUUUUAAUAUUUAAAACGAGAAAAAUGAGAAACUUAAACAAGGCCUUUUUUCCCCCCCAAUUGACUAUUAAUUGUCUUGGGAUCCGAAAUAAAAUUUGUCAUUUUAAUGCAAUUGUAAAGAUGCCAUAUUUAUACAAAUUAUAUCAUGUCAUAGAAUUUGAUAUAUGAAUAAAUAUAUAUAUGUAUAUACAUAAAUAUAUAUUACCUCUCCAAGCAGGCACUUAAUGAUAAGGGGGAUGGCCACCGCUGCCAUCUCUUUAGAAGUGGACACAUUAUGAACAUUUAUCAAAGAAGAUGCAUUUUAGCUCCUUUUUAUUUUCUACAGAUACUGAACAUUUUACCUUUUUAUUUAAUGAGUUAAAUUAAAUCGAUGCAGGAGAUACAGUAUACUGUAUAUUUAUAAAGUGUUCCUAUUCUCCUAAAAAAAAAAAAAAAAAACUUGAAAUGGGCAAUAAAAGACCAUAGUAUUGCGAGGUUAUUAAAUAUUUAAGAAUGAUGCUUUAUUUCAUUGGCUCUCCUAAAUGAUGUCAAGCAAACCAUCAGAAAGGCCUGUCUUCCCUCAGUCUGCUCUUCGUUAGAUUCCGAGCAUGUUUGUAUAUACACUUUUCAGCUGUGUUUUUUGGAGUUUCUUAAAGCUGUACAUUUCAUGCUGGUUGGUUUAUUUUCAAGUAAUUCAUAUCAAAGUAUUUUUUUUGUCGUCGUUGUUGUUUUGAGCUUUUUGAUAUACAGUAUACAGUGCAGAACUCAUUUAAUUACAGCCAAGAGGUUUAAAUUGCCAAGUAAGUAUACACAAAUGUACAGACAAGGGCAAGUUUGCAAAAAUUUGUUACAUCUGUCAUCACUUUGAAUAUCAAACAGAUCCGCUUUAGUGGGAGAGAUCUGUUACUUUUACACUUUUUUUUAGUAAAUUAUUAAAACUCUUGAAAAUGA